GAUAACAUAAACAAAUUAGAUUAAACUACGAUUUAGAACCAGCAAGAGGGAAAUGAGUGCACACUUCACCACUAAACAUGAAUGGUGCUAGUGUUUGGUAUUCGUGGUGUUUGGCUUAUUCUAGGGAUUCUACAUGCACGCGCCUCCGUCCUCUGACAUCACGAUCCCUUAUAAACCAAAGCAGCGCAUUGUCCUGCAGACCAAAGUUGCUUUCGGAAGGAGCCACCGCGGGCAUACUAACAACUCCACAGAAAUGAGUUCGGCACCAGCUCAAUGCUUUUUCAUCUUCUUUGUACUCGUCUUCUCGAGUGUAGUGCGGGUGGGAAAAUGCGCGCCCCCGACCUGUUACUCGCGCGCUCUCCAACUCAGUAAGGAGAUCAUGGACGUGUUGGAGAAGACGCACAGGUCUCCGCGCACGAAGGACUGCGCUGAGAUUUUCCCGAAAAUGUUUCUGGACGUUCACAAUUCCUGUGUGACGGCUAAGCUGCGAGACUUCCUGUAUGUGUUGGAGAAUCUGCCAGGGAUUCAUUGCAGGACACGACCUCGUAUCGUCUUGUUGAAACGCAAGAUCCUCACACUCUACGAGAUCAUAAGCCGUGUAUGCUACCGGGAUCUGGUGUACCUGACAAACGACUGUGAGGCUCUGGACACGGGAAUCAGUUACCCACGAUACUCAGAAGACACACUGCAGCUACUGGAGGAAACAAGCUGAGACACACACACACACACACACACACACACACUUUUAAUUUAAAAAAUGCUACACGAACGAAAAGCAAAUUCUUUUUAACCUGAAAACAUGCAAAUACACACACACACACGCACACACAAACUUGCUUUUGUAUGUAUAAUGGUGUGUGAGUGUAUGUGUGUGUGUGUGUGUGAGAAACUGCAUUCCAGCAGCCAAAGGAAAACUUUCCACAGGAAAUAGUUUAAAUAGCCGCUGAGCACUUACACAAAAUGUGGCUUAUUUAU